UUGGUGCCGCUCUCCUGAUAAAUCACAACAAAGCCUCCAGAAGAAGAGGAAGGAUGGACGGCACCGCCACCCCUAUCACUAAAUCUGCAGCUGCCAAGUUAGUUAAGAGAAAUUUCCUUGAGGCUCUAAAGUCAAAUGACUUCGGAAAAUUGAAGGCCAUUUUACUCCAAAGGCAAAUAGAUGUGGACACAGUUUUUGAAGUUGAAGAUGAGAAUAUGGUUUUGGCGUCUUAUAAACAAGGUUAUUGGUUGCCUAGUUAUAAAUUAAAGUCUUCUUGGGCAACAGGCCUGCAUCUCUCUGUCUUGUUUGGUCAUGUGGAAUGUCUUCUGGUGCUACUAGACCACAAUGCUACAAUCAACUGUAGACCCAAUGGGAAAACCCCUCUUCAUGUGGCUUGUGAAAUGGCCAACUUGGAUUGUGUGAAGAUCCUCUGUGAUCAUGGAGCAAAACUCAAUAGUUACUCCUUAAGUGGACAUACAGCUUUACAUUUUUGUACAACUCCAAGCUCCAUUCUCUGUGCCAAGCAAUUGGUUUGGAGAGGGGCGAAUGUGAAUAUGAAGACCAACAACCAGGAUGAGGAGACGCCCUUGCACACAGCUGCCCACUUCGGCCUGUCGGAGCUGGUGGCCUUCUACGUGGAGCAUGGGGCCGUAGUGGACAGUGUGAACGCCCAUAUGGAGACCCCCCUGGCUAUUGCAACCUACUGGGCCCUCCGCUUUAAAGAGCAAGAAUACAGCAGGGAGCACCACCUCAUCUGCCGCAUGCUGCUCGACUACCACGCCGAGGUCAACGCCAGGGACGACGACUUUAAAUCUCCACUCCACAAGGCAGCCUGGAACUGUGACCACGUGCUCAUGCACAUGAUGCUGGAAGCUGGCGCUGAAGCCAAUCUCAUGGACAUCAAUGGCUGUGCUGCCAUCCAGUACGUGCUGAAGGUCACUUCUGUGCGGCCUGCGGCGCAGCCUGAGAUCUGCUACCAGCUACUGUUGAACCAUGGGGCUGCUCGAAUAUACCCUCCUCAAUUCCAUAAGGUAAUACAGGCUUGCCAUUCUUGUCCCAAAGCAAUAGAAGUUGUAGUUAAUGCUUAUGAACACAUCAGGUGGAACGUAAAGUGGAAAAGGGCUAUCCCGGAUGAUGACUUAGAGAGAUACUGGGAUUUUUACCACUCUCUCUUCACUGUAUGCAGUAACUCUCCAAGGACUCUCAUGCAUUUAUCAAGAUGCGCCAUUCGAAGAACAUUACACAACAGAUGUCACAGAGUAAUUCCUUUGCUUUCCCUUCCAUUGUCAUUGAAAAAGUACUUGCUUUUAGAGCCAGAGGGAAUCAUUUAUUAAGCCUUAUGAGACAGAAGUUCCCAAUCCCAGAUAUUUCAGUGGACGCAUUGGGUAGACACAGUUUGCAUAAACAAAAUGGUACUUGGGUUGAUUAUAACACUUCAGGGAUUUCAAAACACUUUACAAACACUGUGCCAUUAAUCCUAGGGUUUCGUGGUGAGGGGAAAUAAACAAGAAGUUAAGGUAUUCUCAAAGACAAGAAUGUAUCCAGAAGGUACUGAUAUAACAAUAAUAACAAAUAUGUAUAGUGCUCUUACUAGGUGCCCGAUAUAUUUUUGUAAAAAUUUUCAUAUAUUAUCUCAUUUGAAAUGGGACCCAGAGUUUUUUUACAACCAACCUCCCUUAUCAGUGAUAAGUUUACAUUACCUUUCAGUUGGCAAAAUAGCAGGCUUUGUGAUCAGCCUCUUAAUCCUGGUGUCUUCAUCCCAUUCCCACUUAGUAAAAAUUACUUUGGCUAGUUUUGCAAACUCCUAUUCCCACACGGAGCUCCUCGACUUACUCUUUUUAGUGAAGAAAGCUCAUGAGCAUAGUCAAAACAAGGAGAUCGUUCAAUCAAUUUAGAAAUGAAAAACAAAGACGUGUCGACUUAAUAGUCAAAAAUGGACAUUUCAACACACUCUCAUUGAGCCAGAGACUGGAGAUGCAAUGGUGAGUCCAAAGCAAGGACUCCUGCCUUCCCAGGUCUCACCGUUUAGCAGAGGAUCUGGACAUACAAGCCGGGAACUGCCUUGUCAAAUGUCAGGGGCAAGAGUACAGGUGCAGACUCAUUCUUAGUGCUUGCCUUUCAAAGUCAGGUUUCUGACAUGAAGUGUGGUUUUCCUUUAAGCGUGAAGAUAAAGAGUGAAGGCAUUGUGUGAAGUAGAAGGGUCUCCUGCUUCUGUGGGUGGAAAUGUAGUAGCUUAAGUUUCUCUGUGUAUCUAGGUAUUGUUUUCUUUUAGUAUGAUUUCCUGUCUAGUGCGAAGGGAAAGACUUAAGUUAAUUCCGUUGGUAUUUUAUGUAACAGACUGACUUACAUUUCAGAACAUUUUAGCAAGAAAGUAAGGAGCAUGUUGCUAGCAAUAGCUGGCUCCAGAAAGCAAAUAAAAAGGCCUUUUUGAAAAUGGUAAAAGUUUGGAAAAGUUGGAAAGAUACAUGUUAGUCAGGAUUGUUAGUGGUUUGCAGAAAGAGAGAGGAAUAGAAUGAUUAACCUCUGGACCUCCUGAUUUAUGAGGCCAACUUGCUUCACUUUUUUGUUCUUGCUGAUCACAUAGUAUUGCUUUUCAGAUGUCAGAGCAGAAGUAAUUAAGCACAAACAGAUCUAUUUGCCAGUUGGGAAGCAGAUUUCUUUUAUGUGUGUGGUUCUUUAUCUUAUUUGACUUUAGAUGCUUGAAUUUUGAGUAGAGAGGAUGUCAAAUAUUCCACUUCGAAUGUGCUUCUACACUGGGAUUCUCAUGUUCCUGGUGCCACGUAGGAAAACUCAUAGGUGGAUACAAUAAUCUUUCCAAAGGAUCAAUUUUACUCAAACAUUUUGUAUUAAAAUGAGAUCUAUAUUAUAGAAUAGAGUGCUGCAUUUGUAUGAACUGUGUACAUAAAAUACAACCCUUCAAAAAAAUAGUCCGCUUGCUUUAAGUUGUUAGAAUGUCCUGGAAUGCUGAGUGGUAAGUGCAUACCGCCCUCCACCUUUGGGAAUAUUCUGGCAGAAAAUUUUGUGAUGCACUUAUUUAGGCAGUAAAAUUGAUGCUGAGAACAAAGAGAGAAGAUGUUCCUUGCAUAGGGAAGUAUUGUUUCUCAGUCUGCUUGCUUGUGCUUUACCAUUUUGUGUUAAUCUAGGUAGGGUAUAAUACAUGACUACUUGUUUUGAAUGGUUUAUUCAUGGAUUUAAAGUUAUUUUUCCUCAUCUUUGAACU